CCAACUAUGAUGACUUAUACCAGUGGUCAGUGGAAUCCUUCUCAGACUUCUGGGCAGAAUUCUGGAAGUACAGCAACAUUCUAUGUUCUCGCCUGUAUGAUGAGGUGAUUGAUACAUCCAAAAGCAUUGUAGAUGUCCCAGAAUGGUUUAAAGGCAGUCGUCUGAACUAUGCAGAAAACCUUCUGAGGCACAAGGACAAUGACAAGAUUGCACUGUAUGCAGCAAAGGAAGGCAAAGAAGAAAUCAUGAAAGUUACUUUUGAAGAACUCAGACAAGCUGUAGCUUUGUAUGCUGCAGCCAUGAGGAAGAUGGGAGUAAAAGUAGGAGACAGGAUUGUGGGUUACUUACCAAACAGCAUUCAUGCAGUGGAAGCAAUGCUGGCUGCUGCAAGUAUCGGUGCUAUCUGGAGUUCAACAUCACCAGACUUUGGCAUUAACGGUGUACUGGACAGAUUUUCCCAAAUUCAGCCUAAGCUCAUCUUCUCUGUUGAAGCUGUUAUAUACAAUGGCAAAGAACAUAACCACUUGGAAAAGCUUCUUAAUGUGGUAAAAGGGCUUCCAGAUAUAAAAAAAGUGGUGGUGAUUCCAUAUGUCUCCUCAAGAGAAACCAUAGAUAUUUCUAGGAUUCCAAACAGUGUCUUUUUAGAAGACUUCCUCGCUACUGGGAAAGGAGACCAGGCCCCCCAGCUGGAGUUUGAACAGCUGCCUUUCAGUCAUCCUCUCUUUAUCAUGUAUUCAUCAGGCACAACAGGGGCACCAAAAUGCAUGGUUCAUUCAGCAGGGGGUACACUAAUACAGCAUCUGAAGGAACACAUUCUUCAUGGUAACAUGACCAGCAAUGACAUUAUUAUGUACUAUACAACGACUGGCUGGAUGAUGUGGAAUUGGCUGGUGACUGCACUCGCUACAGGAGCUUCAGUGGUUCUCUAUGAUGGAUCUCCUCUAAUUCCAUCACCAAAUGUGCUCUGGGACUUGACUGACAGGCUGGGGAUCACCAUCCUUGGAACGGGUGCAAAGUGGCUGGCUGUGCUAGAAGAGAAAAAUUUAAAACCAUGUGAAACACACAAUCUCCAAACCCUCCACACUAUACUGUCUACAGGAUCACCGCUCAAAUCUCAAAGCUAUGAGUAUGUCUACAAACACAUAAAAAGCAGCGUUCUCCUGGGAUCCAUUUCAGGUGGGACAGAUAUAAUUUCGUGUUUCAUGGGUCAGAAUGUUACAAUUCCAGUUUACAAAGGAGAAAUUCAGGCCAGAAAUCUUGGAAUGGCUGUAGAAGCAUGGAAUGAUGAAGGAAAACCAGUUUGGGGUGAAAGUGGAGAGCUGGUUUGUACCAAGCCUAUUCCCUGCCAGCCUACGCACUUCUGGAAUGAUGAGAAUGGAAGCAAAUACAGGAAGGCAUAUUUUUCAAAAUUCCCAGGUGUUUGGGCCCAUGGUGAUUACUGCAAAAUUAAUCCCAAAACAGGAGGAAUUGUCAUGCUGGGUCGCAGUGAUGGUACCUUAAAUCCGAAUGGAGUAAGAUUUGGAAGUUCUGAAAUCUACAACAUAGUUGAAGCUUUUGAGGAGGUUUCUGAUAGCCUCUGUGUCCCUCAGUACAACAAAGAUGGGGAGGAGAGGGUGAUACUCUUCCUGAAGAUGGCAUUAAACCAUGCGUUCAGCAAGGAUCUGGUGAAAAGAAUCCAGGAUGCAAUCCGUAGGGCGCUUUCUGCCAGGCAUGUUCCAAGCCUCAUUCUAGAAACCAAAGGCAUUCCGUAUACAAUAAAUGGAAAAAAAGUGGAAGUAGCUGUGAAGCAAGUAAUUGCAGGGAAGGAAGUUGAGCAGCGGGGUGCUUUCUCAAACCCAGAGACUUUGGACCUGUACCGAAAUAUUCCUGAGCUUCAGAACUUCUGAAGUCACUUGUUUGGCAUUUUUUUUGCAUCAGUCUUUGUUCUGUGUUUGUUUUGUAUAUAUACCAAUACUGUAUGUAAAGAAAAAGCUCUAUUUAAUACCAGUGGUUCUUUUAAAAGAAAAAAUAUUUCAUGAAGUGCAUUAUGAAAGGCAUGGGUAAAGCUUAGCUUCCUUUUAUUGGUUAAAUAUGCCAUAUAUCUUGGAGUUUUUUCCAGCCUGGGAGGAGGAACCUGCCUGUUUUGAUUUUUAUAUAUAUGAGUGCAUCUUUUCUGGUUAGACUUACAUCAACAGCCCAUCAAGGGGGAGCA